CACGCGAGUUAAAGAAAGGGACGUAAUUUCAACGGAGGAGGUUUACCAAUAUUAAGAGUCGUAUUGACGUUCACAGUAUUUUUAUGAUAUGUUUUAUGCUAAAUCUUUCAAGUAAAUUAAUUCAGAAAGUUCAAAAAUGAAAGCAGUUUUUCAACACGUUUCCGAUCCAGAAACUAAAGUUUCACAGUUUGUUAUCGAUAAUAACGUGGCAUUACCACCCUUGGAUGGGUAUUCCAUACUGAUAGAGGUCAAAUCUUGUGCCCUUUCACAUGUUGAUUGUAAGGUUUUGCAGUUGCUGUAUGACAAAUCAAAUGAUCUAAAAUACCCUGUAGGUCAAGACAUUUCAGGAAUAGUGCGACAGGUUGGUCCUGAUGUUACAAUGCUGAAACCUGAUGAUGAAGUAGUAGGUAUUAUACCACUAGACUUUGGGAUCUCAGGAUGUGCUGAAUAUGUGGUUCUGAACGAAUUUGAUGUAGUAAAGAAGCCUGAUCGUGUAAGCUUUGUUGAUGCUGCAGGCUGUAUUGGAGAUGCAGUUAAAGCUUAUACGGCUCUUCAUUACUUAGGACGUAUGACAGGUGGAGAUACUAUUCUAAUCAUGGAUGGAGCCACUUCAUUUGGUAGUCUUGCUAUUCAGCUAGCCUAUCACUGGGGAGCAAAGGUUCUUACCACUACAAGUAGCAGUGAUGAAAAACUCUACCUUGAAGGUUUGGAAGACAAGUUGGCUCUGAUUAUAGAUCUCACUAAACGUUCUACCAGGAUUGGUCGGUAUAAUAAUAGCAACUCUGGAAUUAUUCUCUCAGCAUGUAUGGAGGAAUCUAGUGGAUUGGGUGUAGACAUAAUUAUUGACAAUGGAGUAACCAUGUUUUCUGAUGACAAAAAUCGAAAGAUAGCAAACGAAUUUUACACCCAUCCAGUACCCAGUAAGCGAGAGAUAUUAUCUGCCUUAGCUGUGGGAGGACGCUGGGUUACUUGUAAGGAUGAUCUCCAGCUGGAUCCUCCAAAUUCACGAAUAUUGUAUCUCAAAUGUGCAAGUGUUUCAUUCCUAUUUGAACAAGCUUGGACAUUGUCAUCAACACAGCAAGGCCGUUAUAUGCAUAUUCUUAUGGACAUAAUGGAGAAAGUAGCUGAUGGUGUAAUCCAGCCUAACAUCCACCAUACCGUCCCAUUUGAAGCAGUCCCUGAAGCCCUGAAAAACUUGUCAGAAGAGCGAGUGGGUAAAGUAGUUAUGAAGUUGGAUUGAUAUCCCUAAACAGUGCUUCACUUUUAAAAAAAAGGGGGAAACUUUCCAAUAUGUCCAAUUUAAGCAUAAUGUUCUAGAUCAUUUUUCAUUGUUUAGUAUGUUCAUUGAAUGUGACUCCAUCAAAUAUUUGUUUUUAUUGUUAAUAACUAGUAGUGACACUAUAUCAAAAUUUAGCUGAGAUAAAAUAUGUCUACUUCUAAAGGCUCUAAUAAAUUAAAGUUUUUAAUUUCUUUGUUGUUAAACACAAAUAAUUAAAGGAAAGAAUAUGUGCAUGAAAUUAAUCUAUAUUGUUAGUUAGCUGUACCUUACUAGGAGUGUAUUGUAUAUUCUGCAGUUGAUCCUGUUGUUAGAUAUUAACCAUUUAAAAAUGUAUCAGAAUUAAGACAAAAGUACAUUUGUUAACAGUAAAACAGUCAAGAAGUGUAUUGUUUAAUACCAUGUUGUAAUGUUAGGUAUUAGCAUGUCAAAAAGGUUAUAGAUCAAGAACAAGUACAGUAAAGAAUUAAGCUUUUAUUACAAAGCACUGUCAAGGAAGGUGUGGUACAUAUUAUAUUCUAUUCUAUUGUCAGUAUCAGUGUUGAGAUUUGAAAAUAGUAUUAAUUUGUGAACUUAGAUAGUCUCUUACUAAAAUACCAUUAAUUCAUAAGUUGAAGUAGUUUAUAGGAAAGCAAGAGACUGUAUCUAACUUUAUUGUUAAACCUCUGUUGAUAGGUAGUAAAUACGAAUGUUUUUGUGUGUAUGUGUUUUAUGAAUGCUAAAUGAUAAGUAGUAGUUUAAAAUUAUUUAUAUCUGUAUAAAAUACAAGCUGAAAGAAACAUUUUAAUUUUGAAUUUUAAGAAUUUGAAUAAAUGUACUUUCCUGUAAAUUAGAGAAAAUGCAUGAGACAUCAGAGGGAAGCCUAAGCAAUUUUCCAUGAAAUUCAAAUGAUUUACAAUGCCACUCUCCUUUGUUUUGUAUUUUUAAUUAAUCUACAGUCGUAAUGUUCUAGUGCAUUUUUACAUAACUGGCAUAUUUGUUCUUUUAUCAAAAUUGAGAUAAACUGGAUGAAUGUCUACUUGUGUCAAGUUAUUAUUCUGUUGCAAAAUUAUUUCUCCUUUUUUUUAUGAAGCUCAAAGAAAAUAGAAACUGCUCAUCUGUUCUUCACUUGGUAAUGCUAAUUUAAGUAUAAAGUUUUAAAUUUUUUCACUCAGGUAUAUAAGAAUUAUUGUAGAUUUAACAAAACUUCCAGUAUAUUGAAUAGUACUAUUUCUAAUUUACAGUUAACUUUUAAAGGACUUUUCUCACUUGUGAGAUGAGUUAAAUGAAAAAUCCUCUAUAAAACUUGUUGAAUAAAUAGCCAACAUAAAGGAACUAAACUUUAUAAAAAGUCAGAUUGAUAACUUUCUGUAAACUAUGAAUUUUUGUUGCUUAACUUUUAUUUCUAAGAAACUAUUACAAUAAUAAUUUUUAUAAUGGGAGUUAAAUUAUCUAGUUAAUUUGAAAAAUUGAAAAUUGGCUCCCUACAAAAUCUAGAUAUGUUUCCAGAUGUGUGUCUACCAUUUAAAGAAUAGUGACACAGAAAGCUCAUAAAAGAUAAUGACUAAAAUAAUUCAUCUUAUGUAAAAAUUAGCAUUUCAAGUUACCACUGAAAAUAUUGACAACUUCCUAUCACAUUUGUGUUAGUCAUUUAAAAAUUAUUGUGAAGUUUAGAGCUUCAUAUAGCUGCCAGUAGGGGUCAUACAUUACUAUCAGUAAGUUUGAUGAAAUCAGUAGUUUACUGCUUUGUCUGUUCAUCAAUUUCUGUAAAGAAAAACUCAUUUCACAUAUAAUGUUGCCAUUCAAUAGUUUUUAAAUAUGAGGAAAAUUUGUGUUUUUACAAAAUAUAAAUUAGCUUUUGUUACUGAUAUUUCAUUUGUUGGUCUUAUGUAAAUACUCAGUGAUAAUUAUAAUUGAAAAAUAAAAGGCAAGUUUGAAAUUGGC